UGUAAACACACCUAAAUAGAGUCUUAUUUCACAAUCUCCCGCCAAAAGAAACGGUUCAAGGGACUUAAUUUAUGUGGUUUGUUUAGUGGUGUUACUUUAAAAAAAAAAAAUUUUUAAAUAACGCCAUACAGACUUCAUAUAAAUCCAUAAUGAACUUUUUCACACUAACUGUUGUUACCCAGAUGAGGACGGGUUCCCUUCUGAGUCGGGUUCCUCUCAAGGUUUCUUCCUCUUAAAAUAUCUUAGGGAGUUUUUCCUUGCCACCGUCGCCACUCAGUGGCUUGCUCAGUUGGGAUAAAUUCGCACCUUUAAUAUCUGUAUACCAUGUUGAUAUUUCUGUAAAGCUGCUUUGAGACAAUGUCUAUUGUAAAAAGCGCUAUACAAAUAAAAUUGAAUUGAAUUGAAUUGAAUUUAAUUGAAUUAAAUAAUAAUAACUUGCAGUGUUCUUAAGGGGUGCCGAUAAUUUUGCUACACAUUUUAAGAGAAUACUAUCAUUACUAUGAUGACUAAUAUACCAUACUUUAAAACUAUUUAAGUUGCAUGGAUAAUUAAAAUAAUUUGGUGUACUAUUUGUUGUAAACGUACCAGUUUGGUCCAGUAUUUUGAAAGGUGCCCGUAGUUCUGGAUUCAACUGUAUAAUAUAGUCCUAGCAGUAAAAUAACAGAAAUAAAUUUAAAAAGAAAAGAAUACCUUCGAGCUAAAUUUGAAAAUGAUCUGGAACUGUCUUUAUCAAUUGUUUCCUCUCACCUCUGGUUUCAUUUCAAGUCAGUUCUGCAACGUCAAACCUCAAACCGCAUAAAGAUCCCUGUGUGUGCAUGGCAACUGUGCAUGUAGUGUGAAAAGUGUGGGAGAUAUCAGCACCUAGGGUACUUUAAGGGGAGGGUCUCUGAUUGAACGUGUAACAGAAAAGAAGACUCAUGCUGCACAGUUCUGUCAGUGUGGCGUACUACAGACAUGUUCUUCAGCAGCGCUCUCCUUGUACUUUCUGUCCUCUCCUUGUGUGGGGGAAUGAAGAGUGGUAUUAUUGGAGGAAAUGAAGUGAAACUACACUCCCGACCCUACAUGGCGUCUGUUCAGAUUAACAAUGAACACAAGUGUGGUGGUUUUCUUAUCAGAAAAGAUUAUGUGCUCACUGCAGCUCACUGUGUUGACAACAUUGAUCACUCUGGAAAGGACAAGCUGGAAGUGUUACUCGGAGCUCACAAUAUCAGUCGAAAGAAUCUCUUGCAGCAGAGAAUCCAAGUACAGAAAUCCAUCCCGCAUCCCUGUUACAAGCGGGGCAAACCUGCAAAUGACAUCAUGCUACUGAAGCUGAAGUCCAAAGCUAAUGAGAACAAGUUUGUGAAGGUGAUCGCUCUUCCGAAGAAGAACGAGAACCUUCCAGCCCGUCAGGAAUGUUCAAUAGCUGGCUGGGGAAAGACCAAACAGAACAGCGGCGUAUCGAGUGUCCUACGAGAGGUCAAACUCAAACUGGAGAAUAACUCUCAGUGCAAGACACUUUGGCAGGACCAUUUUGACACAGACAACAUGAUCUGCACUGUGUCUGAUGGGAAAACAGCUUUUUGUCAGGGUGAUUCGGGGAGUCCUCUUAUCUGUGGUAAUGAACCACAAGGAAUAGCUGCAUAUACCUACCUUAAUAACUGCUUAAACCGCAUGUAUCCAGGGGUGUAUAUGAAGAUCUCCUACUUUAUUCCAUGGAUUAAACAAGUUAUACACUAGAAAGUGAAA